CGCACGAUCUGCUCGACCAAUCACAGCUGAUUCCAGGCUCCCGCAGUGUGUGAUUCGGUUUUCUGGCCCACAUUCAUUUUAAAAAUUUACAGUAAAAGAAUAGUGUAAUAUUCUUGAUAAAUAUGAAUCGCAGGUUCAUAUGUUGCACCUCGAAAUUACUGCAGUUCACUCACCGGAAUGCAUCCACCCAAUCACAGGGCUCUCCGUCGUGGCCGCGCAAGAUUUUCUCCGGAGUUCAACCGACCGGUGCCUUACACAUAGGCAACUAUCUGGGGGCCAUUAAGCGCUGGGUCGAUCUGCAAAAUGCCGGUGAAGAUGUGACCUACUGCAUAGUGGAUCUGCACUCGAUUACCCUGCCACAGGAUCCGGAAGUGCUCCGGCAGAACAGUCUUCAGAUGGCUGCCACGCUGCUGGCCUGUGGCAUAGACCCAUCCAAAGCGACGUUGUUCCUGCAGUCCGGCGUUCCUCAGCAUGCGGAGCUUUCGUGGAUUCUGGGCUGCAUGACAACGAUGGCCAGGUUGACCCACUUGGCGCAGUACAAGGAAAAGUCCGGCAAGCUGAAGGAAGUCCCGCUAGGGUUGUACAUCUAUCCGGUUUUGCAAGCAGCCGACAUAAUGCUGUACAAGGCGACACACGUUCCGGUGGGCGAAGAUCAGAUCCAGCAUCUCCAGAUGGCACAAUCGCUGGCCAGGGCCUUCAACAACAGGUUCGGGACGACGUUUCCGUCCUGUCAUCCCAUUAUUUCCGACGAUACCAGUUGUCGUGUAAAAUCGUUGCGGGAUCCAACGAAAAAGAUGUCCAAAUCUGACCCCGAUCCAAAAGCGUGCAUCAUGUUGACGGAUUCGCCGAAGGCCAUCAUAGAAAAACUUAAAAAAUCUGUCACCGAUUUCACCUCCGAGGUAACAUUCGAUCCGGAGAGCCGACCUGGAGUGGCCAAUCUGAUAACGAUUCAUUCGCUGGUUAGUGGGAGCACGCCGCAACAGAUUUGCGAGGCGGCAAAGGGCUUGAACACCGGUCAGUAUAAACAACACGUGGCGGAUGCCGUGGUGGAACAUCUCAAUCCGAUCAGAGACAACAUCGAACGGUAUAUGGCCGAUCCGGAUUAUCUGGCGGGAGUUAUCGAGGAAGGUUGCGAAAGGGCGAAGGCUAUCGCCGAAAAAACACUGAUCGAAGUGAAGGAUAAAGUAGGAAUGAAUGGAUUCAGUUUGGCGCGAACGCAGCGAUUGCUUAACGAAAUGAAAGGUAAGUAGAAGGGGGGAAUUGCGAUAGUAAAAUAAAAUGAAAAGUUGAGCUAGUUAUAAAUCAA